UGCGGGAUGCCGCCGCCGCCGCCUCCGGGCUGCGUUCGCUCUCCGCGGCUGGUGCCCGUGUCGGGUGGGUGGCCGGGCGCGAGCCUCGCCCCUCAGCCCCCUCUCCAGGGCUAGCCCGGCCGCGCGGCGCCCCGAGGGGGCCGGGCCGUCCGGUGGGGCCGCGGCCCUGUUCGGUGCUGCGAGCUCGCCCUCUCGCGGCUCCCCGGCCCGGCCGCCGCCGCCGCCCCUCUCCCCGCCCAGAGGCGCCCCGGGGGCACCAUGCAGGCGCAGCAGCUGCCGUACGAGUUUUUCAGCGAGGAGAAUGCACCCAAGUGGCGGGGGCUGCUGGUGCCGGCGCUGAAAAAGGUCCAGGGGCAAGUUCAUCCUACUCUUGAGUCUAGUGAUGAUGCUCUUCAGUAUGUUGAAGAAUUAAUUUUGCAGUUAUUAAAUAUGCUAUGCCAAGCUCAGCCCCGAAGUGCUUCAGAUGUAGAGGAACGUGUUCAAAAAAGUUUCCCUCAUCCAAUUGAUAAGUGGGCAAUAGCUGAUGCCCAAUCGGCUAUUGAAAAGAGGAAGCGAAGAAACCCUUUAUCUCUCCCAGUAGAAAAAAUUCAUCCUUUAUUAAAGGAGGUCCUAGGUUAUAAAAUUGACCACCAGGUUUCUGUUUACAUAGUAGCAGUAUUAGAAUACAUUUCUGCAGACAUUUUAAAGCUGGUGGGGAAUUAUGUACGAAAUAUACGGCAUUAUGAAAUUACAAAACAAGAUAUUAAAGUGGCAAUGUGUGCUGAUAAGGUAUUGAUGGAUAUGUUUCAUCAAGAUGUAGAAGAUAUAAAUAUAUUAUCUUUAACCGAUGAAGAGCCUUCCACCUCAGGAGAGCAAACUUACUAUGAUUUGGUAAAAGCAUUUAUGGCAGAAAUUCGACAGUACAUAAGGGAACUAAAUUUAAUUAUAAAAGUUUUUAGAGAGCCCUUUGUCUCCAAUUCAAAAUUAUUUUCAGCUAAUGACGUAGAAAAUAUAUUUAGUCGUAUAGUAGAUAUACAUGAACUUAGUGUAAAGUUACUGGGCCAUAUAGAAGAUACUGUGGAAAUGACUGAUGAAGGUAGUCCCCAUCCCUUAGUAGGAAGCUGCUUUGAAGACUUAGCAGAGGAACUGGCAUUUGAUCCAUAUGAAUCAUAUGCUCGAGAUAUCUUACGGCCUGGUUUUCAUGAUCGUUUCCUUAGUCAGUUAUCAAAGCCAGGAGCAGCACUCUAUUUACAGUCAAUAGGCGAAGGUUUCAAAGAAGCUGUUCAAUAUGUUUUACCCAGGCUACUUCUAGCCCCUGUUUACCACUGUCUGCAUUACUUUGAGCUUUUGAAGCAGUUAGAAGAAAAGAGUGAAGAUCAAGAAGACAAGGAAUGUUUGAAACAAGCAAUAACAGCUUUGCUUAAUGUUCAGAGUGGUAUGGAAAAAAUAUGUUCUAAAAGUCUUGCAAAACGAAGACUGAGUGAAUCUGCAUGUCGGUUUUAUAGUCAGCAAAUGAAGGGGAAACAACUAGCAAUCAAGAAAAUGAACGAGAUUCAAAAGAAUAUUGAUGGUUGGGAGGGAAAAGACAUUGGACAGUGUUGCAAUGAAUUUAUAAUGGAAGGAACUCUUACACGUGUAGGAGCCAAGCAUGAGAGACACAUAUUUCUCUUUGAUGGCUUAAUGAUUUGCUGUAAAUCAAAUCAUGGGCAGCCAAGACUUCCUGGUGCUAGCAAUGCAGAGUAUCGUCUGAAAGAAAAGUUUUUCAUGAGAAAGGUACAAAUUAAUGACAAAGAUGACACCAGUGAGUACAAGCAUGCUUUUGAAAUAAUUUUAAAAGAUGAAAAUAGUGUUAUAUUUUCUGCCAAGUCAGCUGAAGAGAAAAACAAUUGGAUGGCAGCACUGAUAUCUCUCCAGUACCGGAGCACACUGGAAAGGAUGCUUGACGUGACGAUGCUACAGGAAGAGAAGGAGGAGCAGAUGAGGCUCCCUAGUGCUGAUGUUUAUCGAUUUGCAGAGCCUGACUCCGAAGAGAAUAUAAUAUUUGAAGAGAACACACAGCCCAAGGCUGGAAUUCCAAUUAUCAAAGCAGGAACUGUUAUUAAACUUAUUGAGAGGCUCACGUACCAUAUGUACGCAGAUCCCAAUUUUGUUCGGACAUUUCUUACAACAUACAGAUCCUUUUGUAAACCUCAAGAACUACUGAGUCUUAUAAUAGAAAGGUUUGAAAUUCCAGAGCCUGAGCCAACAGAAGCUGAUCGCAUAGCUAUAGAGAAUGGAGAUCAACCCUUGAGUGCAGAACUAAAAAGGUUUAGGAAAGAAUACAUACAGCCUGUACAACUGCGAGUAUUAAAUGUAUGUCGGCAUUGGGUAGAGCACCAUUUCUAUGAUUUUGAAAGAGACGCAGAUCUUUUGCAGCGAAUGGAAGAGUUUAUUGGAACAGUAAGAGGUAAAGCAAUGAAAAAAUGGGUUGAAUCCAUCACUAAAAUAAUCCAAAGGAAAAAAAUUGCAAGAGACAAUGGACCAGGUCAUAAUAUUACAUUUCAGAGUUCACCUCCCACAGUUGAGUGGCAUAUAAGCAGGCCUGGGCACAUAGAGACUUUUGACCUGCUCACCUUACACCCAAUAGAAAUUGCUCGACAACUCACUUUACUUGAAUCAGAUCUAUAUCGAGCUGUACAGCCAUCAGAAUUAGUUGGAAGCGUGUGGACAAAAGAAGACAAAGAAAUUAAUUCUCCUAAUCUCCUAAAAAUGAUCCGGCACACCACUAACCUCACUCUGUGGUUUGAGAAAUGUAUUGUAGAAACUGAAAACUUAGAAGAAAGAGUAGCUGUGGUGAGUCGAAUAAUUGAGAUUCUACAAGUCUUUCAAGAGCUGAACAAUUUCAAUGGUGUCCUUGAGGUUGUCAGUGCUAUGAACUCAUCACCUGUUUACAGACUAGACCACACAUUUGAGCAAAUACCAAGUCGCCAAAAGAAAAUUUUAGAAGAAGCUCAUGAAUUAAGCGAAGAUCACUAUAAGAAAUAUUUGGCAAAACUCAGGUCUAUUAAUCCACCGUGUGUGCCUUUCUUUGGAAUUUAUCUAACUAAUAUCUUGAAAACAGAAGAAGGCAACCCUGAGGUCCUAAAAAGGCAUGGAAAAGAGCUUAUAAACUUUAGCAAAAGGAGGAAAGUAGCAGAAAUAACAGGAGAGAUCCAGCAGUACCAAAAUCAGCCUUAUUGUUUACGAGUAGAAUCAGAUAUCAAAAGGUUCUUUGAAAAUUUGAAUCCAAUGGGAAAUAGCAUGGAAAAAGAAUUUACAGAUUAUCUUUUCAACAAAUCCUUAGAAAUAGAACCGCGAAACCCUAAGCCUCUCCCAAGAUUUCCAAAAAAAUACAGCUAUCCCCUAAAAUCUCCUGGUGUUCGUCCAUCAAACCCAAGACCAGGUACCAUGAGACAUCCCACACCUCUGCAGCAGGAGCCAAGGAAAAUUAGUUACAGUAGGAUCCCCGAAAGUGAGACAGAAAGUACAGCAUCUGCACCAAACUCUCCAAGAACACCGUUAACACCUCCUCCUGCUUCGGGUGCUUCUAGUACCACAGAUGUUUGCAGCGUAUUUGACUCUGAUCAUUCGAGCCCUUUUCACUCAAGCAGCGAUACCGUCUUUGUCCAAGUUUCACUGCCCCAUGGCCCAAGAUCUGCUUCAGUAUCAUCUAUAAGUUUAACCAAGGGCACUGACGAAGUGCCUGUCCCCCCUCCUGUUCCUCCACGAAGACGGCCAGAAUCUGCCCCCGCGGAAUCUUCGCCAUCUAAGAUUAUGUCUAAGCAUUUGGACAGCCCCCCAGCAAUUCCUCCUAGACAGCCCACAUCAAAAGCCUAUUCACCGCGGUAUUCAAUAGCAGACCGGACCUCUAUAUCAGACCCUCCCGAGAGCCCUCCCUUAUUACCACCGCGAGAACCUGUGAGGACACCUGAUGUUUUCUCCAGCUCACCACUACAUCUCCAGCCUCCCCCUUUGGGCAAAAAAAGCGAUCAUGGUAAUGCCUUCUUCCCAAACAGCCCUUCCCCAUUUACGCCACCUCCUCCUCAAACACCUUCUCCUCAUGGCACGAGAAGGCAUCUGCCAUCACCACCACUGACACAAGAAGUGGACCUUCCUUCCAUCACUGGGCCGCCGGUUCCUCCACGACAAAGCACUUCUCAACAUAUCCCUAAACUCCCUCCAAAAACUUACAAAAGGGAGCACACACACCCCUCCAUGCACAGAGAUGGACCACCCCUGUUGGAGAACGCCCAUUCUUCCUGAGUGUCUCUGUUCCAGGAUGGACAUUUUCCUAGCCCCAAAUCCAUUGCUGGCAAUGGAUGCACGGAAUGUGCCAGCACUGAGGAGUUACAGUGACAACUCCAAACACUAACGACUCUACUUCAAGAUGCAGUAUAAGACAAUGAAUUUUAACCUAGACAUAAUUAUAAAAUGAAAAUGGUAUUCGUUUAGAUACGGAAAGACUGAUGUAGAGGAAUUGGACAACUGAUUGCACCUGAAAAUCAAGUAAAGGGACUUUUUCCAGCCAGUAGGCAGGAGUCCUCUUUUUGUGAAGUGAUCUUUAUCGUUAAAGGGAUGGAAAACAUAGUCUAGUGUCCAGCAGGCCCACAUGAUGACAGUUUUUGUAAUUCAAAAUAUGCACUUUUUAAAAAGAAAUCUUAAACAGGGAUCUUCAUAUCUCCUUUGUUUUCCUUUGCUUUUACUCAUCCUACUUUAGAAUAUUUUCCUAGAAAUCAUUUAAAGGACUGUGGGGAGUCGCUGUGGUGCCUGACCUUGUGGGAGUCCAGGCCCCGUGCUGUGCCACAGUCCCGUUUACAGGUUAUUACAGUGAAGUGAAUGGGUACCGAGGCUUCACCAAAGAGGUACUUUUUUUUCUUUUUCUUUCUUUUUUUUUUUUUUUUUUAGGAAUAAUUAUAUUAAUUUUAAGAGCAUUCCCCCACCCACCCUCCCUACAAACAAAAUAUGGUGG